AUGGACGCUGGGAAGACGCCUGCAUUCUACGAAGGCCAUGCGGCGCCGCUAAUCCAAAUCCUCGCAUGGCUGUUUAUGGCCUUUUCAACACUGUCUGUAUUGGCACACUUUGCUACGAAGAAGGCUAUGUCAAGACCAUUCACAACAGCCGACGGGAUAUUGUCAACCGCGCUUAUUCUAGACAUAGGACAGGCUAUCACAUUUCUUAGUCCUGCUGGUCAAGCGAUUGGAAACUCGCAGUCUGAUUAUCCAAAAGAUACAAUUAUGCAAGCUUGGAAGGCAAUGUAUAUUGGAGAUAUGCUCUUUGUGUUCACACUUGUUGCUGCAAAACUUUCGCUAUUAGUCCCUUUUACGGCAGUGACACCCGUUGUCAAGCACCGCUUGAUGAUGUACACAACAAGUGCAGUCACUGUUGUUUGGGGAGUAACCGCUGUGUUUCUGAUAGCCUUCCAGUGCCCAUCGCCACAAAGAUGGGACAUUGCAAACCCACAAUGUAUGAACUUUCGCAGCAUCCGAACAUUCAACGCCGUGAUGAACAUCAUUACCGAUUUGGCGCUGGCCAUAGUACCUACGUUGAUGGUAAUACCACUGCAAGUUGGAUCUGACAGAAAGCUCACUCUUCUAAUUGGAUUCUGGUGUCGUGUGAUUGUCAUGGCAGCAUCGGCCGUCCAAAUCUUUUUCAUCUUGGACCUCUCCUUGCAGGACAACAAUCUACUCAAUACAAUCUGGCCCAUAGUUGUUAGUGGACAGGUUGUACAAGUCACCAGUAUCAUGACCUCGACGAUACCAUUCCUCAAGCCGUUCCUUGUCAGUCUCGAGUCGUCCCUGACCCUCAGCCCGAACAGCGUAGUUCACACCACAACAUUGGGUUACAAAACGACAGGGAGUACAGGCCGCCACCCAUCGAGCUACAUCAAGAUUGGGACUCCGAACAGUCAAGGAGCAAGAACCAGCAAGCUUAGCAACAUCUGGGUCACGGCAGAUUUUGAAGUCAAGGGAGAGCCUAGCAUGGAAUUAUCUGAGCGGAGAGGGAAUUGA